AUGGCAGCAGCAUACCAGCUCCGGAAGAGAGGAUUGACUGUUCGAGUUCUAGAGGCCACGGAUCAUGUUGGUGGGCGCACGCGCAACAUUGACGUGGCAACAGGGAAGAUGGAUGUGGAGACAGAUGAUGUGAUUGAAGUUGGUGGUACCUGGUUAAGUUCCGAGCACUCUGCGGCAUUGGAGCUUUGCCGCGAGCUGGGGAUCGAGGUGUACAAUGCGAGCUUCGUCCCUGACUUCGAAGUGUCAUCCGGUCCCAAGGAAGAGAUGCCAUGGUGGUAUUGGGGGUCAGACUACCCGGCCGAACAGAGGCAUCGGCUCAAAAGGUCGAUUGUCCAUACUUCUACUGGCCGACACCUCUACACCACCGCGAGUGAUCUCCAGGCCGCUUUCCCAUCUCAGUCAACAGCUUCCUUGAAGAGCGUUGGAGAGUUCAUUGAUGGAAAAGCAGCAGGAAUCAGCGACAGGUGCUGGCUUGCCAGUGGAAAGUCUCGCGCAUGGAGGGAAGCCGAUACUGACACCACCUGGGGUGCUCUGGGUGGGAAGCUGGAGGGCAAGGAUGCCCAGCAAGUGCUGAGAAACUGCAUCCACGGGAAGAAUGCCCAGGAGCCAGAAGAAGUGUCAUUCUUGUACAACCUGCUCUCCUUCAAAGGUUGCAACAGCAAGGGUGCGGACUCGCAGUACCGCGUGAGAGGAGGAACUCAAGCGAUACCUUUGCAGAUUGCUGCGAAGCUCGGGAACUCUGUUCUACUUGGCCACGAGGUGAGAUCCAUCAAAGCAGACGGCGGGGACGUGGAAAUCCAAGUGCACGGGGGCAAGUCCUUCCGGGCGCGGGCCGCGAUCCUUACAGGACCUCCCCCAGCUAUCUUGGGCAUCAGCUUCAAUCCACCCCUGGGUGGCGCGGAUGCCCAGUGGUUGCAGCGGAUGCCCAUGGGAACGUCGCUGAAGCUGGCAGCCAUCUACAAGGAAGGGCCGUGGUGGAGGGAGCUUGGCCUACAGGGCGAAAUCCUGUCCACUCUACUGCCACCGAAGUUGUCACUCCCUGCGCCCGACACGGAUUUGCCUUUGUUUGUGCAGUGCAUGGACCACUCGCCCUACUCCCGGCGAAUUGGUGUCAUCGUGUGUUUUGUAGAGGGCCGGCAGAACUUCCACUUCUUGCAGAUGAGCCAAAACGACCAGCAGGAGAGGUUCGUUGAGUUCCUGGCCAUGAGCUUCAACAGCUCAAAGGCGAAAACAUUCAAGCCGAGCUUCGUGGCCCACAACUGGGCAGAUCAGCCGUUUGCACGAGGGGCGUACACUGGCUUCUUCUCGCCGGGUGUGAUGUCCGUUCCAGAGUUCUGGACGACGUUCCAGCAGAUGGAGAAGCUCCCAAAUGUCUUCUUGGCAGGCUCAGACUACCACAUUGGCUUUGGCAACGGCUACAUCGAGGGCGCCCUCCGUGAUGGAGAGAGUGCCGCGCGUCGAGUAGCCGACCGCCUCCAGCGCGUGAUGCAUGUGUGA